CUAACCUUCUAUCUGUUCACACCUCUUCUCUCUCUAAAUUCUCUCUUUCUCUCUCUACAAUUCAAUCACAACUCUCUCUCUUUCUAUAUAUAUAUAUUUCCGGCGAUCUAUUGAUUGGAAUAUAUGGCGGAGACACCGAUGAGCUCCGGUAGCCGAAGGCCGCCAAGCCGGUUGCAGCGCCGUGCGCCGGCGUCGAUACAGGUCAACCCGGCGUCGGAUUGGAAGACUGCGAUCCCUCUCUUAUCACCGUUGAUCACAUCGCCGCCGCCGUAUGAUCAGACGGUGGAGAUGAAAUCUUGUAAUAAUCAACACCAUCAUCAUAAUCAGGGGACGGAGCCGGAGAAGCCGAUGGUGUUCAAGAAGUGGCAGCAUCCGGCGGCGCCGUUCUGCUACGAGCCGCCGCCGCCGCUUGUGCCGUUUGUUUGUACGGGGAGAUCUGGUACCGUAGAUAGGGCGAUGUAGUGAUUUAUUAUAUAUGUAUACACAUCUAACGGUGUAUGUUUUUUUGACAGAGGGAAGGGUUUUUUUUUGAUAUGAAAAGUGGUAUAUGUAUUUUGUAUUUUUAAUUCCCUUCUCUUGGGCAAUUUUUAUGUACACCCUAAUGAAUUCAACAAAUUUUAGUAAUAUGUGAAGUGUAAUGGCGAUC